AUGAUGUUCUUCAAGUCAGCUAUCGCUUUCUCCGCCCUCCUGGCCGUCGCCUCGGCCAUGUCAGUGGUGACACUUAACCGCGAUAUCCAAUUUGUCGCCGUUGAUGCAGUCCCUGUCUCUAACAUGGCCAAAUCAUCUUUCUUCGCUGUCUCCGGCUCGGUAUGCGAUAAGGAGGACGAGGCCGACUGCAAGGAGUUCUGUGGUCUCUCAGAGCAGACUGCCACCUGUACUGCCAACGGCAACAAGGUGACCUGCUCGUGCAAGGGCGGCAAGAGCGAGUCCAACUGCGAGGAGAGAUGUCUUCUUUGCAUGCCAGACAAGUCUUCUCUGGAUGAGGCAAGCCGUCUCUUCAAACUUGGUGGAACAAAGAUGGAAUUGUAG